GGAGCUCAUACCUGCUUACUCAGCACAAGGUUUGAUGAUGGCUGUUCUUUGUGAAGCUACUCCUCAAGACCUAUUCAACCUUCCCCUAUAUGAGCACCACCUGGUGAUUGAUACCCGCCGUUCUGAUGACUACUCUCGAGGGCACAUAGCCACAGCUGUCUCUCUCCCCAGCCCACCACUCGAGUGCCCUGAGGGGGAUAGAGAUAGGCUACUAGUCCAGUUCAUUGUGUCCUACAUGAAGGAGUUUGUUAGACCUGAGAAUCCAAGCCCCAUUGUCCUGUAUGGUAGCUCCCAACCAGAGUGCCUAAAGCACACAGAAUGGCUGGCGAACAAGUUGGAGAAAUUACAGAGAGAACGCAAGGCAAUUGCUGUCAUAGAGCCAUCACUCGAUGCAGCCGAAACAACUCUAAAUGAAGGCUACAACCCAUUCAAGCAGUUCUGCAACACAGUAGCCGACAGAGUGAAAGAAAUUUGGAUCCUAAAAGGAGGAUACGAGAUAUUUUGUUCUGAGUAUGACUUCCUUUGUGGCCACGUCUCCUUUGAGAGUAUGUUCCCCCUACCCCAUCAGGUUACUUCGAGUCUGUUUCUUGGAUCGAGGGUGGUGUCACUCAACAAAGAUAUCCUCUCUAAACUGAAGAUCACACACUUGAUAGUCUCAUUGUCUCAGAAACUGGACUGGACUGAAUUACAAGGAGUGUCUGUGCUACAGUGUGAGGUGGAGGAUAGGAACGAUCAAGACAUGCUGCCGUGUUGGAGAGCCUCCACCCUGUUCAUUAAUGAAGCCCUAAGUGAGGGAGAAGCUACUAUAGAGAAAGCAAGAGUUCGAGUACUAGUCCUGUUACAUGGACGUUCAAGAUCUACUUCUGUUGUCUUGGCGUAUCUGAUAAAAGUGUUGAAGAUUGGAUUUGAAGAAGCAUGGACUAUGGUACGAAGCAAAUGUUGGCAUCUUAUCGAUCGCUCACUAGUCUUUGAAAAACAACUAAAGGAGUGGGAAAUAUCUGAAACAAUGGCUCUCAAUAGUAGUCUCUUGUAAAAUUAAUGUUCAACAAAAAUAUUUUUUUAUGACCCUUCCAGUUUUGUAGAUCUAAUGAUCGUGUUAUGAGCUGGUUGAAAAUGAUAA